AUGAGAGAAGUUGAGUUCGCCAUCAAAACGGGCUUCAUCUCGGCCGAGCGACUUCCGGCGUGCCAAAAAUUGUGCUUACAUCACGGAGACGGCAUCUCCUUGGUUGCAGGCGACAAAACGCGAGAGCUGCAAGAAUACGUGCGGGCGAGGGGCACGUUGGUGGCAUCGCUGGCAGAAAACCCACCGCCUGAAGAUAUUAAGACAACAGUCUUCAUGAAGGUUGUACCUGCACGCACACGAAGCUAG